AGGACAUGCAUUAUUCCAAUAUUGAUUGCAAAAACUUGGGCAAGCUUGAUAUUUUCACUUUUUAAAAAAAAAAAUGUUACAGGUAAUCCUCGACUUAAGACCACAGCCGAGCCCAGAAUUUCUGCUAAGUGAGACGUUCGUUAAAAAUAAAAUGAUCAGUCAGUCCAUUCCUGGAAACUUACCAUGAGAUACAAAGAUGUUCCCCGCGAUGGACAAGCCAGCUAAAAUGAGGCUCAACGCUUGAGCGGUCCGACGGCCAGAAUAGCAGAUCACAAGGAAAGCCACCAACUUUGCCGGAAUGUCUACCGCGCCGAAGAUCACCUGGAUAAGAAUAUUAUUGGUCUCCUUCAUCUCCGUGGUUGCUUCCACCUCUACAGCUCAGGAGGGUAUAUUGUUCCAAGCGUGACACUGUUCUCGGUCCUCACAGAUCUUCCUGCACAGUGCGAGGCUACCAAUGAGUUUGGGUCUCCUCGUCUGAUCGCUCGCUUAUCACUUCGACAAGGGAAUACGAAGUUGGCAUACAAAGUGGAUUAAUUUGACAAAGUUUUCGCUAUGGGGUCAAGAGGCGGAGAGAGCUGGACUGCUACCGUUGAGGCUUUCCGGCUGUCCCCCACUGCGUUCCUCUUAUCCCACGGGGCCGGGGACACUUUGGCGGCCGACCUGUUGAAUGAAUUGCGGAGCGAAAAGCUGGGGGAAGCCAUCAAGCUCUCGAUCCUGUCUUUAUUCUUGGAAUAUCCCACCCUGCUGUGCCCCGAUGCCAAGGCGGGUCAGGAAGCUGCAGCCUCCCUCCUCUCCCUCUUUGCCCAGCUGAGCCUCUCCCCCAAGCACAUCAGCCUCCGUUGCUCCCUGCUCUUCGCCGCAGAAACAGUCCUGGUGGCGACCGACAGCCUGGGUGAAGACUGCCCGACAUCGCACGAACUGCUCUCCGUACUGCUCCAUCUGGUGUCCGACCCGAACGACAGCCGCGGGGGAGUCGUCGAGCGGCCUAUCCGUGCCGCAGCUUGCGAGUGCCUUCGAGAACUGGAGAGCUGCUACUCGGGGUUCCUGUUGCACCGGCUGGAGAUUCUGCGGUCUCUGCAACAGCAGGAGGUCUCGAGCGUCCACCAGGGUUACACUUUGCUGUACAGCGUGGCGCUGCGGAACGCCAUCUUCCUCCUGGCCCGGAAUGGACAAGGUUGCCUGGGGGACCUUCUGGCAAGCAAUGGAGAGCUGAUGUGGGAGGCUACAAAGGAAGUCGGCAAGCUCUCGCCAGCGGCCCUCGAUCAGUUGGUCCUCUUGCCAUCCGCAGCGGACCUCAAGGAGCUAAAAUUGGUGCUCUCGGCGCUUCUGGAGAGCAGCUAUCUCUUAACCUCCGCGGCACAGAGCCACCUCUUGUGCCAUCUGGCUCAGGCGGUCAGCGUCGUGCGCACCCAAUCACCGGCGAUUUUCAAAGCCCAGCUGGCACGUCUCUUCGGCACAGCCAGCGUGACUCUGGAACACGCCAUCCUGCAGCUGAAAUCGCUGUUCACCGAUAGUCUCUUCACCGCCGAGGACGAGUCCUUCCUCUUGCGGCACCUGGUGGGACUGGCACAGCACCCGGCUCUCCCGGACGCCGUGAAGCUUUUCUACUUGGAUUGUCUUUUGCACUUCCCCGAAAACCGACCGUUGGUCUCGGGAACCGAUGAGCAGCUGCCAGUUCUGCUCACACCGCGCACUACCUCGGGUCUAUUUCCCGGGUUCUUCCAAGAUCAGGGGACCGUCCUGGCCCGGAUGAAUUUGCUGUGCCUCGUGUGCGUGGAGAACGAGGGGCCCAGUGCUGAACGUGGGGCAGGUUAUCUCCUGGAGCAUGUCCUGGCUCUUGGAGGCCUAGUGGCCCGAGACGGAGGAUUGGACGCCACACGGCUUUUCUUCCAAGCAGCCUUCAUUUUUGCCCAAUAUUUUGGCUCGCAGGCCCAGCCCAUGACGGAACUGACCCGGUGCCUGCUAGAUCUCUACCGUCACAACUGCACCUUGGCCCCAAACAUCAUCAAUCUGUUGGAUGAGACGUGGAAGAUGCUGGAUGAGUCCAGCUGGGCCAAGACCCUCGCCCAGGCCCUGCAAGAAUUUGUUGUGAGUGUCCCCUUGCAAGAGGAAGACUUAAGUUGGCAUCUCAAGAUUUUAGCCCGGCUGGCGAAGGAGAAGGAAGUUCCCCAAGUGAGCACCAUGCACUUCUUAGCUCGUCUGGUCGCCUCGGGGAAACUCGGGGAUUGGCGCUCUGGCCAGAUCCUACUCAGCGUUUGCCGGAACCUGAUGGUGCUUCACCCCUCGCCUGCCCUGUCCCAGCUGGCGGCUCUCCUGCAUGCCAUCUCCCUGAGCCACACAGAUGUCGAUGUCCAAGACCGAGCUGGCUUUUAUUACACCCUACUCACCAACCUUUCUGGUGAAAAAUUAAGAUCCGUCCUGGUCCCCGAAGGUUCCAUCAAGACUCGGUCGCUAUCCUCGUCCAUCGUUGCCGACAGCGAGAGUUUUGUCGCUGCGUUGACGGUCCACUCAGUGGAUCCAGCCCCUUUGAAGCUGCAGCGUGUCGAGAUUACAGGGGACACCCCCGCAGUUCCUCCCGCCGAGCAGGAGGUGGACGGCUACUGCCAGUGGUUGCUGGUGGACCGCUCUCCCUCACGGCUCAGUUUGGCGUACCGGCUGGUCCACGCGGGGCCUGGCACGCCUCCCUACGACCUCCUCCUCUGCGUGGUGCUUCGGUUCACUUGCACCAGCCGGCAUUACGAGCCGGUGCCUGAACUCUGCAUUCCGUGCCUUUCUGCGCAUCGCUCGUCCCCAACGGUGAGGCUGUCGUUACAACCGCAUUGCCCAUACCCGACGCGGAUAAAUGUUUCUGCCCUUUACACGACGCAAGAUGGAUUGACGCGUUGGAGUCGGCUUGAAAACCUGGAAGUGGCCUUUCCGGAUCUUUUCCUACCCCUGCCAGUGCCUGACUGGUCUUCAGAGAAAUGUUGCCAACUUUUUGAGGCGCUCUGGCAGUGCCUGCACCCCAACGCCAAAGACGCGCAUGCCGAGAGCCUCACCGUUUGGCCCCUGCCGCCCCGGUCCUUAGAAGGCUUAGUGCGUGAGCAAUUCGGCAGGUACAUCCUGGCUGAGGAAGGCGACGAGUAUAGGAUCGCCCUGACUUUACCGCCUCGGGAUCACAUCCUGCUAAAGGUGCGGAGUGUGGACGAUGCGGGCCGGGUGAGCAUCCGAACCGACAACUGGAAGCUCCUUCCCUCGCUUAACCACUAUUUGCAGAGUCUGGUGAAGGGCAGCUGACACCGCAACGCUCCUGUGGAUGAAGGGGGAGCUGGUGGGGACAGGACUGUCACUCUUACCUGCCUUUGGGUGGAAUUCUAACAUUUCUCCCAAAUGUUCCCAAUAAAAAAAUACAUCUUUUGCAACCUCAAUGUAGUAAAUUGGACAGAGGAGGAGGAAGAUAUUUGGGGAGUUUUGCAUUUAGAUUUGACGUAGGCCAGAGCAGGGGUCCCCAACCUUGGCUACUUUAAGACCUGUGGACUUCAACUCCCAGAAUUCCGAGGGAGGAUUUCCUGAGGGAGGGGUGGCUCCAUAGCUGGGGCGGAGUCAGCAGCAGCAGGAAGUCAUGCCGGCUGGGGAAUUCUGGGAGUUGAAGUCCACAAAAGUGACCAAGAUUGGAUCCCUGUGAAAUAAGUGGAGGGAAACGGGGGAACGGAGCGAUGUGUAGCAGUCGAAUCUACGAUCAGUUGUGGCUUGAUGGGAUAGCCCGAAUCCCACAACAGGCUAAGAUAGUUGCUUAGUGUUGUUACCUCAGGCUGAGUGGGAAAGCCGCCCGUUUCACGGUCGGAUUCAUGCGUUGUGCAAAAACCAGAUCAAAUAAAGUUCCGCGGAAAGCGAUUGCUUUGA